AUGUCUUAAAAGAAACCAGAUCCUAAGAAGGCUGCUGAAGAACAGAAAAAGAAAGAAGCUGAGGAUAAAAAAAAGCAUGAAGAGGAAAAGAAGAAAAAUCCUAAUGUCAAGGAUACACCAGGCUAGAAGAGCAAUGAUAAAAAUGCUAAACUAGGUGCUGCUUUUAUAACUGAUCCAAAGGCUGAAGCAGAAAGAGAAGAAGAGGAGAGAAAGCAGAAGGAAGAAGAGGAAAGACUAAAGGCUGAAGAGGAAGAGCGAAAAAGAUUAGAGGAAGAACAGAAAUAAAGGAAAAGAUAGGAAUAGGCAGUUAUAUUUGAAAAGUAUUUGGAAAAUAGCGGAUUAUCGAUAGCAUUCUAAAUCAUAAUGGCUGAAGUUAUCUCCAAGAAGAUCCCUGAGGACUAGAUUUUCUAAUAUACUGCUUUGAGGCUGAGGUAGAUUGGUCAGGAAAUGGAUUAGAUUGAACGUAAGGCUGAAGAGCAAGCUAAGAGAUUGUAAGACGAGGAGUAAUUCAAAUAAUAGUAACACUAAUAAUAAAUGCAAAGUAAAAAUGCUCCAGCCUAGUAAAGUAACGCAAAACUAGCUCCAGGGCAAUAAAACAAUGCCAAGGGGGCUCCAUAAUAAUAGCCAGGAAAGCCAGGUGCUCAGUAACAGUAAUAGCCACCAGCUGCAUAACAGAAACAAGCUCCCCCAGCUGGAAAAGCUGCACCGGCCAAAAAGUGA